UUUUCCCAAACAAGCAGGCAGUCUGUCAAUGCGCUCCGAGCGUUAGGCAAGUCAAACGAGUGGGAAUUUGAACUAGUGAGACGGGGGAGAUAGGCUAUCGAAUGGAAAACAUUGACGGAGAAGGGAAGCUAUCGAUAUUCCAAAUGACUCGCCACGCCAGACCGGCUAGUCUAUAACAUAAGGAUAUAGCCUAUGUUAAACGUCUAUCUAUUAUUCCAAGUGUUAUUUUCUUCAUAUUCCUCUGGUUAGUUGAAAGUUGAAUAGGCUGGAGAUGUUCUCGUCUUCAGUUCUCUUUCUAGUCAAGUGUUCUUAUUUGUUCUGUGAUAAGUUGGUUCUUGGAUGUCACCAUUAACCGAGGUUUAUUCGCAUUUACAAAUCAUUUGGGAUAGGAUCUCGGAUUUACUAAUUGGAAGAGAAGAGAAAGAACAAGGAGUGAGCGGGGACCAGACCGCGCAAUGACAAAUCCACGGAGCAGCAAGCAUCAACGCGUCCUUAUGGGGAUGGAGCUUCUGUUCUAAACGGGAGAAAAUCCUCUUCCAUUUUUAAACACAACAUUAGCGCUUCUAUCUCGAUUUAAAAAAAAAUAAAGUACCCUUUCUAUAUUGCUGGAAAAUCCGUUAAAAAAAGAAGGAAUGGGAGAGAAGCCGAACAGAAUCGGCGCAGACAACAAGGGAACAUUGUUUGGGAAAAACAAUUAUAGCUAAGACCAACACGCAACAUAAAUACCACUAGAAAUCUUUUAACGGGAUUUCUUUUUGAGUAAGAAGGGGAGUUGUGCAUGGGCCAGUGGACAUCGCAUUGAGGAGAAAAAAUAGGGACUAAUGACAAAAUAAUCAGAAAGUCAUGGAAUUUGCAUAGUAUUUCUCCUGGACACGCACAGACAAUAUUCUCGAUUUACGCAGGACGCAGCCUAUAUUGUCGUCCAGCUGUCACGGAUAGAGCAACUUUUAUCUGUCAUAGUUCAGUGUCAAUUACGCAUUUUCUCUUCUAUUUUCGGUUUAUAUCCAGGCGGUUGCCCAAGGUACGAUAUCUCAUAUUCACGCAUUGAGUGACUCACCUCAUAGCCUUCACGGCUAUAGUCUUUGUUUUGAAAGUCCCCCAUCUCCAACCUCAUAGAAAAUAUCACAUGUAUUUUGAAAUGGGGGUAAAUGAUCGGGUUAGUGUGGUUGCAAUGGCGCGUCUGAGAAGUGGGAGUAGACUGGGUUUUCUGCUGAUAAUCUUAAUGGAUUUACUGGGGACGGCGGAGAGCAACAUGGAGCCUAUCUACUGGAACUCAUUGAACAAAAGGUUUUUGGACGAUAAGGGCUACGUCCUCUACCCUCAGAUCGGGGACCGCCUGGACCUCAUCUGUCCGUCGUCUGACCCACCCAGCCAGCGGGCCCCCGCCGAGUAUGAGUUCUACAAGCUAUAUCUGGUGUCGUCACGUGACCAAGCGGACAGGUGUGAGGUGACGGGCGCGCCCAACCUGCUGCUCACCUGUGACAAGCCCAACAAUGACAUGAGGUUCACCAUCAAGUUCCAGGAGUACUCUCCUAACCUGUGGGGACACGAGUUCAAGACCAACGCUGACUACUACAUCAUCGCUACGUCAGAUGGGACGCGCCAGGGUCUGGAGAGUAUGAGGGGAGGAGUGUGUGCCACGCAGGGCAUGAAAGUGGUCCUUAAAGUGGGGCAGAACCCCUAUGGACUGCCCCCGAAACCUGCCAAACCAGACCAAAGCGCGGGCCGCACCAACACCAGAAAUACAGGUGGUGCUGGUAACACCACUCAUCCCAGGAUUCCUAGCGGUGAUGGCGGUGGUUCGGGAGGCACGGGUGGUGAGAACGGACCCCUUCCCCCCUCCAACGUGGCUGUCAUCGCCGGCGCCGCAGGAGGCUCCGCCUUUCUCCUCCUGGUCACUGCGGUGAUCUGCGUGGUGUGUUACCGGCGGCGACACGCCAAGCACUCGGAGUCCCACCACCCACCCCUGUCGCUGUCCUCCCUCACCAGCCCCAAGAGGCACGGCGGUGGGCACGGCGGUGGCCACGGGAGCGGGAAUAACAACGGCUCAGAACCCAGUGACAUCAUCAUCCCCCUGCGGACUUCGGACUCGGCGUACUGCCCUCACUACGAGAAGGUGAGCGGGGACUACGGCCACCCCGUCUACAUCGUCCAGGAGAUGCCCCCCCAGAGCCCAGCCAACAUCUACUACAAAGUAUGAAGGUCGUCACCAUGACAACCUACAGUACCACCAACUACCAUCCUUCCCUGUUCUAUACUGUACAGUACCACUUACAACCUACCUACAAUAUACCCUGUUCUAUACAGUACAGUACCACCUACAACCUACCUACAAUAUACCCUGUUCUAUACAGUACAGUACCACUUACAACCUACCUACAAUAUACCCUGUUCUAUACAGUACAGUACCACCUACAACCUACCUACAAUAUACCCUGUUCUAUACAGUACAGUACCACCUACAACCUACCUACAAUAUAUCCUGUUCUAUACAGUACAG